AUGGCUGCCGUCCGUGAGUGGUCCUGCACCCGCUGCACCUUUCUGAACCCUGUCGGCCAGCGGCAGUGCUCCAUAUGCGAAGCCCCCCGCCAGAAGCCCGACCUCAACCACAUCCUGCGACUCAGCGUGGAGGAACAGAAAUGGGCUUGUGCCCGCUGCACCUUCAGGAACUUUCUGGGCAAGGAAACCUGUGAGGUAUGUGGCUUCACCCCGGAGCCAGGGCCCAGUGGCUCCCCCUUGCCUGUCAUCAAUGGCAUCUUGCCCAAGCCCACCGUGCUUGUGGAUCCCAAGGGCCCAUCCAAGGAGGAGGCUACCAAGGCAGAAAGCAGCAGUGAGGACUCGGAGGGGAAGAGCCCUGAUGAAGCGGAGCUGGAAAAUGGCUGGGCUUGCCAGCGCUGCACACUGCACAACACGCCAGUGGCCAACUCCUGCUCUGCCUGUGGUGGCCCACGCAAGCUCUCCCUGCCCAAGAUCCCACCAGAGGCUCUGGUCGUCCCUGAGGUCAUCACCCCGGCCGGAUUUCACUCCACCCCACAGCCUUUAGUCUCUGCAGAGAUCUCUGAUGGUGAUGCCGUGGCCACCCAGGGCCCAGUGGCUAUGGAACAAGAGGCCCAAAAGAUACCAGCCUUCAGUCCCUUCUCCCCGGGGCUCCAGAACAACCCUGUGCCCCGAAGCCGCCGGGAGGUGCCCCCCCAGCUGCAGAUGCCAGGCCCUGAAACCUCCCAGCCUGCAGCUCAGAGCGCAGCGGGGCAGAAGGGCUCUCCGCAGGGUCAGACCAGGGCUGCCCCGGCUGCCCGCUUUCCGUCCCACUGGAAGUGCAGCUCCUGUUCCCUGCUUAACUCCGCCGGGGUUGGCAAAUGCGAGGCUUGCAAUACCCAGAAAGGCAGCGACACCAUCAAUCUGGUGGGGGACUCGGUGAGAUUUACCCCUUGCAGCCCCUCUAGCCCUGACUUCACCACCUGGUCCUGUUCCAAGUGCACCCUCAAGAACCCCACCCUGGCCCAGAAGUGCAAAGCCUGCGGCUCCUCGAAGCUGCAUGGCUUCCAGGAGCAUGGGACACAGGGCGAGCUGUCCCCCCGCUGCCCCGACUGCGGGGCUUGUGACAAGGGCGGCUGCUCCUCCUGUGGUGGCAGGGCCCCAUCCGCCCGCAAGGUUGCCCGCCCCUUCCUUGGCCAGGAGAGGCCAGGCCAGUGGGCUUGUCCCGCUUGCACCUUGCUCAACGAGCUGAAGGCCAAGCACUGCGUGGCCUGCCAUACCCCGCAGCAGUACAUGGCCCAGCGCAAGGGCCUCAAACCCCUGAAGAGACGGGAGAGCAUGCACGUGGAGAAGAGGCGGCAGACAGACGAGGGAGAGGCCAAAGCCCUGUGGGAAAACAUCGUGACCUUCUGCCGGGAGAACAAAGUCAAUUUUGUAGAUGACAGUUUCCACCCUGGGCCUAAGUCCGUGGGAUUCCCAGAAGGCGACAGCGUGCAGCAGAGGGUGAAACAGUGGCUGCGACCCCACGAAAUCAACUGUAGCAUCUUCAAGGACCGAUCGGUGAAGUGGUCGGUGUUUCGGACACCCAGGCCCUCGGAUAUCCUGCAGGGACUGCUGGGGAACUGCUGGUUCCUGAGUGCCCUGGCCGUGCUGGCUGAGCGGCCGGGGCUGGUGGAGAGGGUGAUGAUCACCAGGACGCUGUGUCCCGAGGGUGCCUACCAGGUGCGGCUGUGCAAGGACGGCACGUGGACCACAGUGCUGGUGGAUGACAUGCUGCCAUGCGAUGAGUGCGGAUACCUCCUCUUCUCACAGGCCCAGAGGAAGCAGUUGUGGGUCGCCCUCAUUGAGAAGGCGCUGGCCAAGCUUCAUGGUUCGUACUUUGCCCUCCAGGCAGGGCGUGCUAUUGAAGGCCUGGCUACACUAACGGGUGCCCCCUGCGAGAGCCUGAUGCUGCAGGUCAGCUCCACUAACCCUCGCGAGGAGCCCAUUGACACUGACCUCAUCUGGGCCAAAAUGCUGAGUUCUAAGGAGGCUGGGUUCCUCAUGGGUGCAUCCUGUGGCGGAGGCAACAUGAAAGUUGACGAUGUGGCCUAUGAGAGUAUGGGUCUCCGUCCACGGCACGCCUACUCCAUCCUGGACGUGCGGGAUGUCCAAGGCUUCAGAUUACUGCGGCUCCGAAACCCCUGGGGCCGCUUCUCCUGGAACGGCAGCUGGUCCGAUGAGUGGCCGCACUGGCCGGCUCCCUUGCGCCAUGACCUGAUGCCCCAUGGCAGCAGCGAGGGUGUCUUCUGGAUGGAGUACAGCGAUUUCAUUAAGUAUUUUGACUCCGUGGAUAUCUGCAAGCUCCAUUCAGACUGGCACGAGGUGCGUGUGCAGGGCCUGUUCCCCAACAAGGCCAAUGGGCCGGUGACAGUGACAUCGCUGACGGUGUUGGAGCGUGCCGCCCUGGAGUUCGCCCUCUUCCAGGAGGGCAGCAGGUGAGCUGGGCAGCCCACGGGCUGCAGCGGGAACAAGCUGAGCCUGGGCCGGCUGAUGGCUCACAGCAAACGAGCCGUCAAGAAGUUCGUCAACUGCGACGUCAUGCUGGAGCCGGGCGAGUACGCCGUCGUGUGCUGUGCCUUCAACCACUGGGGCACUGCCCUGGCAGGCCCUGCCGCUGCCCAGGCAUCCAGUCCCACCAGCAGCCGACCGGCCGCCGAUUAUUCCAGCUAUAUCCUGGCCAUCUACAGCUCCCGCCUGGUGAUGGUGGAGCAGGUGGAGGCGCAGCCCACCACGCUGGCGGACGCCAUCAUCCUGCUGACGGAGAACAAGGGCGAGCGCCAUGAGGGCCGUGAG